AUGGCCCGGAGCAACCUUGUUGACAUCCACGUCGGACUAAUGGACCAAAGUAUCACACUUGGUUUCUGGUUCGCGUUGAGUCAUGACCCAGAACGUGGUGGCGGGGAUAAGACUCAGAUCCGGACCGCGGAUGAUGCUGGGAAGCCUAUGUCACCAGUGCCCUCGAUCGGCGAGAUCGUCUGA